AUGAGGCUCUUUUCCUCAUUAAGGUUUGCUAGGAAGAAAGAGUUACCGGCCGAUGAGUCCUCUGAUCUGGAGACAAAUACCAGAGACGAGACGAAGUCGUACGUGCAGAAAAUGGCGGUGGUUAUCGCGUUCUUCGUGUGCUGGGCCCCUUUCCAUGCCCAAAGGCUCCUGGCCAUCUACGGAGACCAAAAUCGGGAACUGGAUACCAAAGUCUACGAGAUCUUGACUAACAUUUCCGGAAUCCUUUACUACGUCUCGGCAACCAUCAAUCCCAUCCUUUAUCACAUCCUCUCGGCCAAGUUCCGCAAGGCCUUCAAGGAAACCCUGGGGCAUUGCUGCUGCAAGGAAGGUCCGUAUUCCCCCGUUUCCAACGGAAGACUUCAAAUGGGGAUGAGAAGAUCUUCUUCACGUGGACAUCGAACCAUCGCUCUCGACAUAUGAGCCCUACAAAGUCUCGCGUCAGUGAAAUGAAUUAUUAGAUGUCUGAAAAUAAAUAAAAUAAUUCAGUCAAAUCAACAGGACGAGCAGCAAGGAGGGGGG